CCUCCUGUUAUUUCGGCAACCUUACAUAUUACACUUAUUACACUGUCCAGCUGCCAGUCAUGGAAAACUACUACUUUGAAUUUUAAAACAGAACACACUCACAGGACUCAUCGCAUUGGACGAAAAAUUCUUGGCACCCUGCGUAACAGGCGCAAUUGUUUGGAUUCUCUCUGCACAGAAGAAAAUCCGACUACUUUCCGUGAAUUGAUUUCCUGAAAACAGAUUUAUAGAGCUACUUUUAUGAGCUGGUAUGAGCAAUUACAGCAAAGCUGGGACACACAGUGUUAUAGUGCCGCUCCCUGAUUCAGCACCCAGUGAUGGAUAGCGCUCAUUGCGCGGAAACUGAUGGCACGGUACUCGCUCUCCUCCGGUCCAAACAGCGCUGACAGUGAGCAGAGACGGAGACUUAUCUAUGCUGAGAUCUAAAGUAAGUCAGUCAGAACGCUGUCGCUGUCAUUCCCCGCCCACAGACUUGAAAGCGGUUAUCGUGACAGUAGCUGUGAUGUGGUCCUAACGUGCUUCUCAGCUGCGAAGAUGACAGAUGUUGCUCACACUUUUCCACAUAGCGUUUCGACAGUGGACGGAAGCUGCUCCGUGCUCUCUUGUGAAGUUUUCUUUGCUGUCAAUAGGACGAAAUGGGAUCCAACCACCUGUUCUCCGCCGGGACGGCUUUUAUUUGGGCGCUACUCUUGAGUCCGGCCGCCCUCUGUGACGAGAAGACCCACUCACAUGCUGAAGAUGACCUUUUCAAGACCCUGUUCGCUGGAUACAACAAGUGGUCGAGACCUGUGCCAAAUAUCUCCGACGUCGUCAUUGUCAAGUUUGGACUCUCCAUAGCCCAGCUUAUUGAUGUGGAUGAAAAGAACCAAAUGAUGACAACCAACGUGUGGCUUAAACAGGAGUGGAAUGACUACAAGCUUCGCUGGAGACCGUCUGACUACGACAACGUGACAUCCAUAAGAGUGCCGUCAGAGCUCAUAUGGGUACCAGAUAUCGUCCUCUAUAACAAUGCUGAUGGCGAAUUUGCUGUGACCCACAUGACAAAAGCUCACCUAUUCUACACGGGCAAAAUUCGCUGGGUGCCUCCUGCUAUUUACAAGAGCUCUUGCAGCAUUGAUGUCACCUUCUUCCCCUUCGAUCAACAGAACUGUAAAAUGAAAUUUGGCUCCUGGACUUACGACAAAGCCAAAAUUGACUUGGAGCAGAUUGAAAAUACUGUGGAUCUCAGCAACUACUGGGAGAGCGGCGAAUGGGCCAUCAUCAAUGCCGUGGGAACGUAUAAUACAAAGAAAUAUGACUGCUGCCAUGAGAUUUACCCAGACAUCACCUACUUCUUCAUCAUCCGACGUCUUCCCUUAUUUUACACAAUCAACCUCAUCAUCCCCUGUCUGCUGAUCUCAUGCCUCACGGUUUUGGUUUUCUAUCUACCGUCAGACUGCGGUGAGAAGAUCACCCUGUGUAUCUCCGUGUUGUUAUCCCUCACUGUCUUCCUGCUGCUCAUCACGGAGAUCAUACCGUCCACGUCCCUCGUUAUCCCUCUCAUCGGCGAGUAUCUCCUCUUCACCAUGAUUUUUGUCACCCUGUCCAUCGUUAUCACCGUCUUUGUCCUCAACGUCCACCACCGCUCUCCCAGCACUCACAAGAUGCCCCACUGGGUCCACUCUGUGUUCCUGGACUUGAUUCCACGUUGGUUGUUCAUGAGACGGCCCGCACCGGAUGGCCGCCGUCGCAGGUUGCUGCUCCUUCAACAGGAAGCGGUGGCAGAGCGGCGCCAGCUCCGAAUAGCCGGGUAUAAAUCGGGUAACUGUAUUAGCACCUCAGCUAACUGGCUAAGAGAUGGGACCACAUUGGAAGACCCAGAGAGAAGCUGUUAUGAGGACUUGGAGCUGGGAACACUGACAUCCUAUUUCUCCUUCCGUCCUCCUUCUCCCAGACCUCCAGGGUCAACUCCUCCGCCACAACAAAAAACCCCACAGAACAGCCAGAGCCGACAAGAGGUGGUGGCGGGGGGGAACAGGCACUUAACUGGAACCAGAGGUAAUUCCACUCCUCGGCCGGCUAAAGUUGACAAUAAAGUGUCACAGUCAGCUUUCCUGCUUUCACCAAGUGUCAUGCGUGCAUUAGAAGGGGUGCACUACAUUGCAGACCACCUGAGGGCUGAGGAUGCUGACUUCAGUGUGAAAGAGGACUGGAAGUAUGUUGCCAUGGUGAUUGACCGUAUCUUCCUGUGGAUGUUCAUUAUUGUCUGCCUGCUUGGGACAAUUGGUCUGUUCUUGCCACCGUGGCUAGCUGGCAUGAUUUAAGGCUUCUGGGAAAGGGUUGAAUUCACAGUCACCUCCUCUUGAAAGAUACUUUAAAGUGUAGCUGAACUCUUCUUCAAGUCGGGUAAUCUGACUCAACUUUGUGUAACUUGGCGCAACCCAGGUGUCCUCAAAAGGCCGUUGUGCUCUUUACACGUCACCAAAUAUAACUUAUGAAUAGUGGAGACAACUCUGCUAUUUUCAGAUUCUUAUUCCCAGUUGGGUAAAAAUCAACUACAAUCUACAUUUUUAAGGGAAGAUCAGACUCAGUAACUUACUGUUAGCUAUAGUCUUGGCUCAAGUUUCAUCUCAGAUGCACUUUGUCAGCCUCAGGUUUACUCCUUCAGCAUCAUCUGUAACAUUUCUCAGGUUGUUUUUGACCUGAAUGCAAACAUUUGCAUGUUAACAUUCACUAAAGUUAACAUGGCUGUUGAAAACUGUGCUAAUGUUGGUAUUUUAAUGUGCAAAUGUUAAUCACUUUUUAGCAUGUAAGCAUAACAUGCUAGUUAAAUAUGUAGUGCCAAACGGCUGUGUUAGCAGGGUGUCACAGUGAUCACAUUUUUCUUUCCUAUAGUUUAAGGGAUUGCAGCUUAAAACUCAACAACUUUGCAUUCACUGAUAGCAGGGGGAUCAGUGAAAGCUGUUUGUCAUCUUACUGUCUUAGCAGAAGUCAAACUCUGAAUCAAACUCAGUUUAUCAUCCCAAUGUUAGCUUGUUGUAAAAGGCUCAAGGAUGGAGAUUAAAACAUUAAGA